ACACGGAGACGGAGAGAGAGAAGAAAAGAAGAUGAACAUGGACCAAUAUAUCCUUGAAGCACUGGAAGGUGAGUUUUUGUUGGAUGAGAGUCUUCCAGUACUAAACCAAAGAGCUUUUGUGCCCUACACAAGCAGACCCAUCACUGAAAAAGGGCUUGAUAAGCCUCCUAACUCCAUGAACGUGAACAAGAGGAUGGUACAGUUCCUGAGGAAAAGUUGGGCACCUGCAACUGCCCGAAUCGUAACCGGAGAGGACUGCAGAGAACGCGGUUUUCGCCACAUGCUCAACGAGCGCAUGAGGAGGGAGAAGCAGAAGCAGAGCUACAUGGCCUUGCAUUCCAUGCUGCCAACUGGAGCCAAGAGUGAUAAGAACUGGAUUGUGCAAAUGACAGCCAUGAAUAUUCAGCAACUGCAGAGGUAUAAGGAGGAGCUGAGAAAGAGGAACAUGGAGGUUGAAGCCAUUUUGGUGGCAAACGAAAAGGAGCGAGUGAAUUGGAGCAAGAUUAGAUUAAGGGUGGCUAAUCCAACAUCAGGGGUUGAUUCUAUGCUGGAGGUUCUUAGGUGCUUGCAAUAUUUGGGGUUGAAAGCCAGAAAUGUUCAAUCUAAUUUCUCCGCCCAGGAGUUUUCAGCAGAGCUGGAAAUUGAAACCAAGGUCUCUCUCUCUCUCUCUCCCUCACAAAAGUAUUACAAUUAUUUUUUUUCUGGUUCUUUUCUUCAAAUGCUAGCAAGCCUUGAUAAAUUAGAGAGUUCAAAUCAUUUGUUCCCUUGUCAUCAAGAUAAAAGAAAAAAGAAACAAAUUUGCUCUUCAAAAUUGGAAUAAGGUUGCUAAAAGACAUUGCCUUCUUGCUUCUCAUGAGCUGUCUUCCUUGCAUAUUUUCUACAUUUCAGCUCUAUUAAUUGAUUUGAUUUUUUUUUUUUCUUAUUUAGAAGUUAAAAUUAGAUUUGAGAAAAAGAAAGGAGGUUAUAUAAUUGCCCAUUUAAUCACAAAGUAUUAUAUGUGUAGUUAAGGGAUAAAAUUAAACAUACAUGGAGUCAUGUAUAUGCCUAACAUAACUUGAAAUUCGACUCUCGAACUCUCCACGUUUCUCUAAUUUCAACCACAUAUCACUCUCACUAUUUACCAAUCAAGGUUGAAUAGUAAACCCAAAAUCCCAAAUAUUUAUCACAUAUGAUAUGAUACCGACUUCAUUAUUUUAUUUUAUUUUGGAGUGACACACCACCUUCUGUUUCUUGGCCAACAAUGACACCUACGUCUAAAAGCUUUAUGCAUGGAAAUAGAUAGGAAGAUAUCAAUAGAAAAGGGCAGUCUUAUUCCCAAAUUGAAAUAUAGCAAAAUGCACACGUGGUCUUUCUCACCAGUUACCCCUCGCGGCCUUUUUAUAUAUAAUUCUGAACUUCCUCUAUUUUAUUGUACUU